CAGUCCAACACGGAUAAUUUCUGUUUCACAGCAAGUGUGGCUUCGACGGGAACAUAAUAAAUAUAUGUAAUAUUUGUAGUAUUUGUAAUAGUUCUUAGUAAUAAUGUAGUUUAGUAGUUAAAGAAGCGGUAUCGUAGUGCUUUUAAAUUAACCGCUGCCCGCCGCCCCCCGUGUUUCCGCAGUGGUUCGGUCCGACGACGUCCUGCGCGGGAGCGGAAAACGUGCGUCGGCUUUACGGAAAAGGAGCGUUUUGUUGUAUUGAUGAAAUAAUAUCUUCUACAAGCUCCAAUUUACUACAACCAGCACAUUUUCCUCUCAUAAGAAGAGAAACACAGAACGGAGUUUGGUUUCAAAUCCAAGAUGGCCGGAGACUGGAAGCCAGGCGACCUGAUUUUUGCCAAAAUGAAGGGUUAUCCUCACUGGCCUGCGAGGAUCGAUGAAGUGCCAGACGGUGCUGUGAAACCGUCCAACAUCAAAUAUCCAAUUUUCUUCUUCGGCACUCAUGAAACAGCGUUUCUUGGGCCGAAGGACAUUUUUCCGUACCAACAACACAAAGAAAAAUAUGCGAAACCAAACAAAAGGAAAGGCUUCAAUGAAGGAUUGUGGGAGAUCGAAAACAACCCAAAAGUUGAGCUGACUGCGCCCAAGCCGGUUCCUCCUCCUUCCUUCCUGGAAAAGGAUUUGGAAAGCGGUCCGGAAGGAGAAGAAGACGCAGCCGAUAAAGGAGUCAAACCCAAAGUUCCAGGAAAAGAGGCUGAGCAGGAGAAUGAUGAUGAGGAGGAGGAGAAAGAGGAGGAGGAAGGGUCUCUGAUGUCUGAGCAGGGUCCUCAGAUCCAGGAUGUUUCUGCUCAGAAAGAAUCGACUGAUCCCUCAAAACCCAAAAGAGGAAGGAAGAAGAAGGGUGAGCAGGAGAACGAAAAAAACGAAGAUCCUGGAAGCCCCGUUAGUCCAUCAGGUGGCGACGCUCCGAAACGGCGAGGCAGGAAGCCGAAAACCGAGAAGCUGCUCCUGCUGCAGCAGGACCAACACGGCUCUGGGAGCGAAAUGGAGACGAACGAGUCUGAGAAGAAGCGAAAGAGGGCAGCGGAGGACAAGCAGCUGAACGGAGAAGAAGAGAAGAGGAAGAAGAGGGAGGGCAGCAAGGGGAAGGAGGUGGAGCUAAAGGAGUCAGAGGCCAAGAAGAAGAAGGACAACGGCUCGUCUGGCUCGGACGACGACGAGUCUCAGAAAAGCAAAGGGAGGAAGAAGCUGCAGAACGUGGAGGCGGAUAAAGACGGGCGGCGCUGGAAAGCCGACGAACCGAGAGAGGCCGACAAAGAAGAUGUGAAGAAACCUGAGGUGGGAACCAAGAAGAAAGAAAUGUCAACUGACCUGAAAUUACAGAAACUCCACAGUGAGAUCAAGAUUUCCCUGAAAAUCGACAACCCGGAUGUGAAGAAAUGUUUGGACGCGUUGGACGAGAUCGGUUCUCUUCAGGUGACGACUCAGCACCUGCAGAAGCACAGCGAACUCAUCGCCACGCUCAAGAAGAUCCGGAAGUUCAAAGCCAGCCAGGACAUCAUGGACAAAGCCACCAUGCUGUACAACAAGUUCAAGACGAUGUUCCUGGUGGGCGAGGGCGACUGCGUGCUGAGCCAGGUGCUGAACAAGUCGCUCGCCGAGCAGCGGCAGCACGAAGAGGCCAAGAAAGGAGCGCUGAAGAGAGCAGAGCACAUCAAGGACUGCGGCACAGACAACGUGGCCAACGGCGACGCCAGCCCCGAGGAGAAGAAGAUGGACAAGAUGGAGGACGCCUUGGCGGGAGAAAACCACAGUCCUCCGAAACUUCAGGAGACGGCCUGAACCGCCCGCCGACCCGAAGAAGAGAUUCGCUGCUGUACUGAAACGACGCCCCCUGGUGGACAACGGUUUCCAGUUCUUCUGAAGUGUUGUGUUCCUGCUGCUCCCAAGGUUUCAGUUCACCAAGUUGCUGCAUAGUUUUAUUUUUGUACUUGACGCCUUGUGCCGCCUGCUGUUGGAUGUAUUUAAUUCCCGUCGGUGUAGUUGUGAAUGUUACUGACGGUGUAUGAGAAGCGGGGUCAUUCCUCCUCCUCCUCGUCUUCAUCGUGAAGUGUUUUUGUUUUUAUUUUGGUCGAUCAUUUCACUUGUGAACCUCCCAGGACUUGAAGUACAGAUUCUGUAAACUGGUCAUGUUUUUAAUGCUCUGUAACGCAUGUUUAACAGACGCACAAACAGAAAACUGUGGACUUUGCCAAAGUUUCCUUUUAGCCAACAAAGUGCUUUAUUUUCCAUCAUGUCUUUUAAAAACCUAGAUGUAUAUAAGAGUAUUUUUGUGCUUGUGUCAUCAUCUGGUAAUAAAGUGGUAGCUACAGCACAA